AUUAGGUCUCAGUUUUCCCCUUUUGUCUGGCAGCACAGAAACUCCACCCUGAAAGUUUGAACCACAAUUGGAGGCAGUUUUAUUCUCACAGUGGGACCUCAGAGCAUCAGAGCACAGCACGAACUUCCUCAAUUAGGUGUAAAAGUUGAGUGGGUUGUGUUUUAUAAAUUCGGUCCAAUAGUCCGUGUGGCUAGAACAUUUCCGUAAGAGUGACCUUUUCUUUCAGCUGGUAGAAGUUGACUCUUGGCUGCAGUGGUGUAACCAUGGCUUCUCAGGGCCUCCAGAUCAUGGGUGUGCUGCUGGCCUUCAUUGGCUGGUUGGGCACCAUCAUCACCUGCGCUAUGCCCAUGUGGAGAGUAACUGCUUUCGUUGGGGCGAACAUCGUCACUGCUCAGGUGAUUUGGGAGGGCUUAUGGAUGAACUGUGUGGUCCAGAGCACCGGCCAGAUGCAGUGUAAGGUGUAUGACUCCAUGCUGGCUCUACCUCAAGACCUGCAGGCUGCCAGGGCCAUGGUGAUCAUCUCUGUAAUCGUCGGGGUGUUUGGCCUCCUCAUGGCCGUGGUUGGAGGGAAGUGCACUAACUGCAUGGAGGACGAAGUGGCCAAAGCCAAAGCCUGCAUUGUGUCCGGAGUGAUCUUUAUAAUAGCUGCCUUGCUGAUCAUGAUCCCAGUGUCGUGGUCGGCUCACGCGGUGAUCAGGGACUUUUAUAACCCCCUGGUAGUCGCGUCUCAGCGGAGGGAGCUCGGGGCAGCACUUUAUAUUGGCUGGGGCUCUGCUGGACUGCUGCUGCUGGGAGGAGGCCUACUCUGCAACAACUGCCCACAGAAAGACAACAGACCCUACAUACCUGCCAAAUUUGCCCCUGCAAGAACCGUAUCUUCAAAUGUGGACUAUGUGUGAGUGUUUGGACUGGAGCUGUCCCCAGAUUUUUGUUAAAUUUUGUUGCACAAAAGGAUCAGUUCAUUGAGGUGAUUUCAAAGUGUUGCUCCUGACAAAAGCAAGAAAUCUGUGUAUUAGUUUGAUUUAAAAAACUCUGCUCAGAAAUCGAGUUACUUACUUAAUAAAUAAAUCAGAGCACUGAAGUAACAAGAGAAGUAGUAUCUGGUGGUGUGUUUGCUUGUGUGAUCUUUUUUCAAAUAAAUAUUUGCCUACUGUAAAUCUAAGAGCUGAAAACCUGUAACAUUUCUCUGGAACAAUAUUUUUUUAGGCAUGAAAUACUUACUGUAAGCUUUAAUUAAUGAAGACUCAGACAGAAUGGAGUGAUGUAAUAAAAAUAAAACUUAGUGUUUAGCCUGCUGCUCAGUCAGGUUGUGAAGCUUCUUUUAAUAUUGUGCUUGAAAUCAAGUGUGAAGUUCAUUUUAAUCUCUUAUAUAAUGAUUUAAUUACCACUGCUGGACUUACUUUUUCAAAUG